GUCUGCAACACUUUUUUUUUUUUAAUAAUUUUAGGGUAUGAUUGAUCUGACCUAACGCUUACCAAGUUUUCUAUAAAAAUGAAGAAUGAGUUCCUUAUUCUCCCGUACUCAAAGAUUUGCAAUAUUGUUCACGACCAUAAGCUGAAGAAAAAUUGUAGAAUGGCCACCUACACCAUGGACGUUGAGAGGUUGCAGAGGCUGCAGAAUUUUGCGAAGGAAGGAGAUGUGGAUGCAUUAUAUUCAGUGGUUGCAGAGGAUCCUUAUGUUUUGGAGCGUAUUGAUCAAGUACCAUUUGUGACAACUCCCUUACACAAAGCUGCAAGGAAGGGAAAGAUCUAUUUCGCCAAGGAGAUACUAAACUUAAUGCCAUCAUUUGCUUGGAAGCGAGACCAUCUUGGGCGUAUUCCCCUCCAUUUGGCUUUGGAGGGGAAGCAGCAGCAGGAACGGCUUCGUCCCCGUGAUUUGGAUUUGGAGGAGAAGUACCAGGAAGUUGUAACAUGGUUCAUAAAACAUGACAGUGAGCUUGUCCGUGUUAAAGCAAAGGGGAUGGUUACUCCUCUGCACUAUGUAGCUCAACUAGACGAUGAAUGCAGUUUGUCUGACUUUUUGUUUGUUUGUCCAUUAUCGAUCGAAGAUUUGACUGUUAAAUCUGAAACUGUUGUCCAUGUCGCCAUAAAAAACGGGAGUUUGAAAGCCUUUAAAGUCUUGUUAGGAUGGCUACGACGCUUCAACGAAGAGGAGAUCAUGAAGUGGGAGGACGAAGAAGGAAACAAUGCAUUGCAUACUGCAGUAUCUGCAAAUCAACCUGAGAUGGUGAGGCUGUUGACUGGAUACAUGAAAGUGAAUAAAAGGAACAGUAAAGGUUUGACAGCUUUGGACAUAUUCUACCUUCGCCAAUGUCAAGGUUUGGUAGAUGCAACUGUUGGUGACAUUCUACUUGCAGCUAAAGCUAAAACUGCAUGUCAACUCCAUCGUCUUUCUUUAAGAGAUUCACAACAAACUUCACCAGUCCGGAACUUUUCUGGUGGCUUAUCAUUUUCAGAAAGAAUCAAGAAAAGAUUCUCGCUAGGUUACCGACGCGUUGAUGAAGUUCCUCUUGAAGUCCGAGACGUACUACUUGUAGUGGCUAUAUUGAUAGCCACAGCCACCUAUCAAGCUGCAUUAAGCCCCCCCGGAGGAUAUUGGCAAGAUAACGGCAAUCUGCAGCCUACAGCCAACAACACUGGCAUCGGUAACUCCACCACCACCGAUAUCAGUCUCAAUAACACCACCGCCACCACCACCGUCUUUAAUACAUUGCCUUCUCAACAACGUGCAGGGAAAAUGAUUCUGGGGGGGAAGAGAGUGGUGAUUACGCUGGCUUAUAUUGGCGCGUGCAGAGUAGAAAAAUUUGUGAGUGCAGUUAGAAAAAGAAGGGUCCCUGAGAAGAAAUCAGAAGUAACUCUGCAGCAAGCAAGCGAUGGAAUCUACGAUUUCAAAUUUUAA